CGAUACACGAUACUAUCGUCUAUCGGCACAACCCUAGUAUAUAGAACCCCAAUGAACCAUUUUUUCUAAGAGUGUGGAUCACCAUUAGUCAGCACAGAGUACAAAUACAUGGGUGAAGUAAUCAUGCAAAAUAAACACACACAAAAAGAAAGAAACAAAAAAGAAAAAGAAACACCUAUUUACAAAGCAACUCUUGUGUGUAUUGCCAGAGAUGGGUGAAGCCCUAGUCCAAAAGAGUUGUCAGAUCCUCCUUCGAAUUUACAGUUACGGAAAUGUAUCCCCCAUCUCUCUUGACAACUUCGGAAUGUGGAGGCAUCCAAGGCAGAUCUAUAAAUGAUUUAUAUUUAGUUAACAUAGACCAGGGGUGCAAACCAAACGAGGCUUCUGUAAGACUACGGGUGAAGAGAAAAAAAAAAUUAAAAAAAGUUUUAUAAAAGUCAUACAAUAACUAUUUUUACCAAAAGAGGACAGGUUUGCACCACGUGAUUUGAAGUUGUUCAAGAUUACUCUAUCUAGCUAAUCUAUAUAACUCUAUCUAACAGUCGAAAACUUAACUAAACAGGAAAACAAUCUAGCAUGUUUAAAACCUUACCCUCCAUCGUGCAAAAAGAUGUACACAGGCCGGUAACGUACUUCCCACUCUACAGACGAGUCCAUAGACGGUUGGAAAAACUAUAGAAUCUUUGACGGGUCCCCGCUGGUGCGCGCUCAGCCGCGCUGACCCUGGUCGACGAGAACCCGCAUGAGAGAUGUGACGCAGGACGUAACCCCGCCCUCCGGGCGAGAUGCCCCAAAAUUUAUUAAAUCAUGUUAAUUUCAAAUACUUAUCACUGACACUAGGGGGAUACACCACUCUACAGUAAUUUGAAAGUGAUUGCAGUACCACUUUUGGCCACAAUCUUGCAUACGGCUCCUUUAAUAUGUAAAACCACCCUGAAUGGUAUUCAUUGUGUAGGCUACUGUAUAUUAGUGACAGUGUAUAUUACCUGGUCUUUAUCUGAAAAAAAAUUUAUUCUCAGUGUGUACAGACUUACCAUCUGGCAGAGUGCAGUGUUGGUUACAACAAUUUCAUUGCAGCAAUGUUGUGCCUGUGUUAUUAUUAUCUUUUAUUUGUGACUUCAUAUCAAUAAUGUCAUGAAAAAAACAUACUGGUCAUCCUCUUUUAAAGUAUAUGACACAUUUUUAAGGAAUAUCGGUGUAGUGCAGGAAUAUAAUUUCUUGAACACCCACUGCAGUUUGCUUUAGGUCCGUCUGACUUCAGCAUGUGCAAUGUGAUGGAUGAGGAACUGAGAAAGGGGAGAUCUCAUGGUGUUAAAAUCCUUUAUAAGUUCCCCUGGGGCUCAGAGACCCUGGAGACACUGUGGAGCCUGGGGGACACACAACUGAUAAAGACUCUCCAAGGAUCUUGCAUCAAUCUACAGUGCAGAGAUGGAAGAAAGUCUGUGGUUCCUCAUGUCAUCUCUGUCAGUGCGAAUGUGGAUCAAGGAAUGCUGGCUUACCUAUUUAACUCACUUCAACUGCUGAAAAAAACUGACAGCAAACAGAAGCUUCAUCAGAGGACAGUUUUAAAGCUGCAUCCCAGUUUAACUCCAGUGAAAGUGGCUUUGGAUAUGGGACGAGGCUCUAAUUCAGAGCUAAGACAGGUUUGUGAGGGUUUACUCCAAGAGUUUCUUGAAGUUGGAAUUUCCACAUGGCCUGGAUACUUGGACACAAUGUCAUUAUCUCUGGAGAAUUUACACACAAAGUAUGAUGAGAUGGGUGUCCUCUUCACAGUAGUGGUCAGUGAGAGUACACUAAAAAGUGGCCUUCUGCUGGUCCGUAACAGAGACACCACCAUCAGAGAGACUAUGCACAUCUCAGAAAUCAAAUGCUACCUGCUCAAAUACAUAUCUGCCUCAGACAGUAUAUGACUUUUAUCAUCUGAAUCUCAAUGGAAUACAUAUUGUAAAGAACAUAUUGUAAAGUACUGUAAUGUGGUGAUAUGAUAACUGUUGGGAGUGAUGUAACUGUUACAAAAUUGUUUCUCUGUUUCUGUUUCACUAAAAUGCUAUUAGUGUAUACCAUUAAAACAACAACAAAAAAAACAUAAGAUUUCAUAUUAAACUUUAUCAUCAGCUGUUCCAUCCUGAUUGCAUUUAUUUUUGACCAUGCCAACUAAUAUCUACUGUAUAUUGAUGUUAUGUGGUAGGAGUUUAGCGGUUAUCUGGCCCAGAUAAGCAAAGAUUUAGGGUUAGUUCAUAUUUUGCAAAGAUUGGAAAAUUCCAUUGUUUUUUUUAGGCGUGAAAUGCGCUUGAAUUUUGAAUGACGUCCUUGAAAUUGUUCGAUAUAUGUUCUUAGAAUGUUCAGUGCGAGUAAAAAAAAAGAAACUUGAUGUUAUGGAUCCCUUGUGCAUCAUGAGUCACAUUGCUUUGAUAUUGCACAAGUAUAUGUGAUGCAUUGCAUAUGGGCCUACUCGGAUGCUAAGGGGAGGGGACCCAAAUAACCACCAAUUUUAUUUUCCUUAUACAAAGCCAAUUUUUAACUAUUAAUCAGGUAGUAAAAUAAAAUGUAAAUCUUUAAUAAUAAUCCAACACAGUAAGAUGAAGUCACAUGAGUAUCUUGGAUGAAGCUCAUUUGAAUUUGGUAUAGCCUACAUGUUUACUCUGUUACGGAGGAAAUCGAAACCAAAUUACACUACAUUUUUUCUGACGAUGAAGCAUACUGCCAUGUACAAUUUCACGUAAACGCCAAAAUUGGAUAGAAACUGCCCAAUGUCAGGAGCCAAUCAGAGUCCUCCCAAGUCACCACGCAACGAUCACUUUCCCCAGAGUUCUAAUCACCUGCACCUGUUUCCAAUCAGCACGCCCUUCACAGCCAGCAUAAAAGCACCAAGUUCACAGUCACUCACUGUCAAGCCUCCAACAGGAAAAAAAAAAAAAA